ACUGAGCGUCACACGGGAGUAAAACGCUUCCUACUACUCUACAAGUAGGAAAUUAGGAAUCGAAACGCCUUCUUCCCAUGGGUUUGCAACGCACCAAAAUUCUUGCAGAAAACCCCCUCUCGUCUCUUGAAUUUCUCCUUGUCGAGUUAAGCGCUGCCGGCGGCCCGAUUCAGAUCGUCAUUUUCUGAACUGCGUAGUUUGCUGCGUCGUAAAAAUAUGGAUGUUGACGUAGAUCAUUACUGUAUUCUUGGGCUACCCUCAGGUGAGGAAGGCGCCAAGCUUAGCGUGGAUGAAAUUAAAAGGGGAUACAGAUCAAAGGCUUUGGAAUUGCACCCGGAUAAGAGGCCAGGUGAUAAACAAGCCCUAAACAAUUUUCAAAGGCUCCAGUCAUCCUAUGAGAUUCUCAAGGAUGAAAAGGCCAGGAAGUUGUUCGAUGAUCUUCUACGGGUUAAGCGCGAGCAGCAACGUCGCCAGUCGGAGCGGGAUUCCAAACGGGAUUCCAAGCGGCAGAAGAUGGUUUCUGACCUUGAGGAAAGGGAACGGGCCGCUUUUGCUCCCGACCCUUCUACAAAAGAGCGAGAAGAAGAGGAUAGAAUUGCUAAGAAGUUGAAGGAAGAGAUUGCUAGAAUACGGGCAAUGCAUGCAAAUAAAGGGGCAAAUAUGACAUCGGCUACAAGUAGAGAAUCAGCAGGAGUGAGGAAGGAGGGUACAGGUACUGCUGGGGCCAGGAUGGAUAAGGAGAAGGUGCUUAAAGUUUCAUGGGAGAAGAUUGGUGAAGAUUACACGGCGGAGGGUUUGAAAGAGUUGUUUUCGAAGUUUGGUGAGGUGGAAGAUAUUGUCAUUAAGAGUUCCAAGAAAAAAGGUUCAGCACUUGUUGUGAUGGCCAAUAAAGAAGCGGCGGUUGCUGCUACAGCAAGUGUGUGUGGUCAUCUUUCUAAUCCAUUGUUAAUUUUACCUCUGCAACCACCAAUGGUGGCAGAGACUCCAAGUGCUCAAAGAUCUGCGGAACCUGAUAGACUAAGUAAUUUGGUUGGGGCUGGUUAUACUGCAUUCGAAGAUUCUGUCUUAACAAAACUCCAAAAGGCUGCAAAAAACCAAAAAUGACAGGCAAGGCAUUGAAGGAAGAAGAUCCUGUGGCAGAUGAGGGAAUGCAUCUCAUGGAGUUGAUGUCAUUGCAUCACUACCUGUGAUUGAAAGUUCAAGGCACAGCAUCCUGAAGAUGCCAUAGACUCAUGCCAUCAAUCAGCUAUCGAACAUCGAACCUUGGAGUCAUUAUACAUUUCAAGGUCCAGAAACCAUCCCCUCUAUUAUCCUAAAAGAACUAUCACCGCUGGCAACAGCAGAAGGCCAACUUAUCUCAUCGAUCACAUAUUACCAGUUCCCAACUUACCGUAUACAAUUCAAACUCAUUUUUCAUCAAUGUCACUCGUCAUUCUAAUCCAUUGGUGGUUGAAAUUAGGUAUUGGAAAAGGGUAUUUACUGUGAUUAAGCAGAGUUGCUCUUUAUGGGAUUUUGGUUGGACAAUAUGGCUUCUUCUGUGUAUUGAUAUUCUCCUCCCUUGACUCAUUUUUAACUUUUUAAUGUUAUGGAUAACCAUAUUUUGUCUAA